AUGCCACCGCCACCUUCCCGCGCCCAGCUUCGUGCCGUCAUGAUCCAAGCUGGGUUGCCCAUGGCGGGCUUUGGUUUUAUGGAUCAAACCAUUAUGAUUCACGCGGGCAAUGCUAUCGAUUGUACCAUUGGUGUCACGCUUGGCUUGUCCACUCUGGCAGCCGCGGCGGUGGGGCAGAUUGUGGCCAAUGCGGGUGGCAUUGUCUUUGGUGAAACUCUGCAGCGUUUCUUUGCUCGGUGUGCCUGGAUUCCCACAAACGCAAACUUGACGGCGUCUCAAUGCUCCAUGAAAGCAGUGGAACGGGCUCGUUUCGUGGGAACAUUUCUGGGUAUCUUGGUAGGAUGCGUGGUCGGUUUGGCCAAUCUACUCUUUAUUGAUACGGAUUGGACUCGAGAACAAAAGCUAAUCCAGCAUCCUUCUACUAGUACUGUUCCCGAACAGAAGUUCCCCUUUCAAAUCCAUGUCAGCAAUAAUCAUUCGUUGUCGGACAAGCAUCAGCCUGCUACAACCUUGACAAUUUGGGGCCCUGAUGUGGAUGGGAUACUGGCAACCAUCCUGACCGCACUCAAAGAGGAAGGGUAUUCCGUCUUGGAAAUGAGUGCCAGACCCAAGCAGCAACCAGAGACCAACCGUGACAACAGCCCCGCGAAGGACAAAGAGACCAAUGCCGCUCGCUAUUACGAAGACAUCUUUGUGGUCCGCCGUCGUGGAGAAGCGAUUCCUGAAGAGGAACUAACUCUUCUGACUCAGAAACUACUUCAGGAAAAGCUUCUUCCUCAAAACUCCCAGCAUCCUAAGCACGCCUGA